UCUUUUCAUAUUGCUGUGUUUUUAUGGAACAACUGAUAUUAAAAUAUUACAAUAAUUCAUUUGAUUCUACCCGAGGAAUUGGCAUAAAUCAGAGCAUAAUCUUAUAGCGCACAGAACGAAAAUAAGUUCUUAAUGCUAUGUAUUACAAGUUGGUGGAAUUGUGAAUGAGCAGGUCGCGAUCGAAAUUCGACAGCGCUGCACGAAGACGUGCGAAACGGAAAACAAAAGAAAAGCGAAGGCAUAAUUUGUGUGAAAUGUGUUUGAAAAUAUGGAAAAUUUGAAAAUAAGUGGAAAUUUAUUUGCGAAUAUACGAUAUUUCGUUGAUGGGAAUUUAGAUGAAGAGGUUGAAAAACUGCUUAAAAAUGGUGGAGCACAAUCGAAACGUUUUUUAUCAGAUGUGGUUACACAUCUGGUGUGUGCACCAAACUACACUGAAGAAGAAUUAGCAAUGAACUUGGAUCUCUAUAACGUUAUACCAGUUACCGAUCAAUGGAUAGUACACAGUGCCAAGUUGGGACGUUUAGCGUCAACGAAAGCAUUUGAUCCAAGCAUACAACGGCUUUUCAAAUCACUUAAAUUCGCAGUAACAAAUUUGUCAAGUGAAGACUUUAAAUGUUUGUACGCUAUUCUUACAUUUCAUGGCGCUCAAGUCACUACCGCAGCCGACUUGAGUACUACACACUUAAUAUGCGGUAGUAUAGGAGGGAAUAAUUAUAAUCGUGCAACAAAGGGAUCUGUAAAUAUUGUUAGCCCUGACUGGGUAUUUGAUUGCUUAAAACAGGGUAAAAUUUUGAGUUGUGAUGGUUACCACCCUCGAUUGCUCAAGAUUGUAGACCAGCCUAAAAGUGUACCUAAAUUGACAAACAUCUCCACAUCAUACAAUCACGUUUCUGCAACAAAACCAAUAACACAAAUGCCAAUCUCCGUUCCUACUGCGUCAACUACAACUACGAACACAUCUGAUUGCAAUAUGGUUGACUCGGUUGAGCAAACAUUAUCGACAAUAUUAGGUUUUGAUGAUGAUGAUAUGGGUGGUAUUGUAAGUAGUAUUGAUAAUACAAUUGGUGGAAGUGUAGAUGAUGCCGAUGCGGCGGAAAGCAUUGCUAAUAUUAAAUCGCAGUUGCAAGCUUCUUUACCGCCAUUACCAGACAUUCCACCUACCCUUCCUUCAACAAGUACAAAUACAGGAGAAGAUUUAAAUAAGCCCCCAGCAACCCAAUUGCAAGAAAACACGAGAUGUAAUGAGAACAAUCAACUGCCUGAAGUUUUAUUAAAUACUAAUCCUGUUGUUUCCCAAAUACAAACGGAAGUGCAAUCACAACCUCAACAACAUACUCAAUUACAAAGUCAAUUACAUCCUCAACAACAAAUUGUGUUUGUACGCCCUCGUAAUAUUCAACAACAGCAACAACAACAAAUAAUUUUAGGUGGUACACAACAACCAUCUUUACAACCUCAACAAAUAAUUGUUCAACAAAAAAUAGUACCAAAUGUUGUGGCCCAGCAGCAAAUUCAACUGCAACAGCAAACUAAAAUGGGACCAGGAAAUGUUUUGCAACAACAGAGAAAUCUCAAGAGUCCACAACAUCACAUUCAAAUAAUACAACAUCAACAACUACCACAAACACCACGAACUCCCCAACCACAACCACCAAAUCAUCCUAAUCUUCCUCCUCAACCCCGUACCGCUCCAUCUACACCCACUUCAAGUGGACCACCACCGCUGCCCGACCCACGCACCCCGACUGCAACACCAACAGCUGUUGGUGUUAACAUAACACAACCGCGGACGCCGCAAACUCCAAGUGGUAGACAUACUCCGGCAUCUAGAACGCCUUGCACCACACCUCAGCCACCCAAUCAAUCUCCCCAGCAUGUCGCCAUACCGAUGUCCCCACAAUCACAGCAACCUCAUCAACAACAAACAGUGCAAAUGUCGCCGCAAAUGUUACACCAACAUAUAUUACACCAGCAAAAUAUUCUUCAGCAACAACAGCAGCAACUUCAGCAACAUAUACAAAAUGGGCAGAGUUUGACACCACAGCAACAGGCUUUACAACGCCAAAUACAACAUCAGCAACAACAAUUAAUACAACAACAACAGAAAUUUCAACAACAAAUGCAGCAACAUCAACAGCAGCAACAACAACAACAGCAGCAACAGCAACAAAUGCAACAGUCUCCCCGAUUAAAUCAAAAUCCACAAUCACAAUCGCCUUCAUUGCAACAACAGCAAAAUCACGUCCCUAGUAGUGGUAGCAUGAUGCCUCCACAAUCGCCUCGGCAGUCACCCGCUCUUCAAAUGACGCCACCGCCUCACUCACCCCAACCACAGCAACAGCAACAACAAAUGCGUCAGCAAAUGCAAAAUCGACAGCAGCGUCAGCCGCAAGGUUUAGGUGGUGCUAUGGGUUCACCACAGCAUCAGCCAAUGAUGUCACCGCAACAACAACAAACGUUGCAACCAUUUCAACAACCUCAGCGGAUUCAACAACAACAACAGAGUCCACAACAUAUUUCUGCUCCGCAGUCACCACAAACACAGCAAUCCAUACCAAGCACGCAACAAACAAAGCAACAGAUGUUACAACAAAUGAAGCCCAUAGAUCCAACUGAUCCCGUUCAGGUUGCACAAGUGCUCAGUCGGUCAGCUCCAAGUCCAAAUCACGAAUCAUUAAUAAUGCGGCAACAGCAUUUGAAGCAACAGCAAGCACUACAGCAACAACAGGCAUUACAGCAGCAACAUGCGUUACAACAACAACAACAACAGCAGCAACAACAACAACAAAACAUGCAAAUUCAACAACAACAACCCCAAUCAGCUAGGCAAUCGCCUUUGCAACAACCUCAGGUACAGCAACAAAUUGUGGUUAAUCCCAGCAAUCAGCAACACCAAAUAAUUGCUCAGCGACAUGUUAUCAACACAUCCACUGUGCAGGGUCAGCAGCUAAUACAAAGUCACAUGAUGAAUAUACAACAACAGCAGCAGCAACAACAACAGCAACAAGCACAACACAAACAGCAACACUUGAUAAAUAUACAGCAGCAACAACAACAACAACAACAACAGUUAAUUGUUCAGCAGCAACAGCAACAACAACAGAAGUCAUCUGGCAUGAUAAUCGGAGGAAUGUCACCUCAGCCGCAGCAAUUGCAGCAGGCUCAACAGCAACAACAGCAACCGGCAUCAAUGCAAUUUAGUCAACCGCAACAAAUGACCAUGUCAGGGGGUCAAGUAUGCAUCAUACAACAAACGCUGCAGCCACAACCACAGUCGCAGCCGCAACAACAACAACAACAACAGCAACCGCAAAUUGUUCAACAACAACCGCAAAUUAUUCAACAGCAGCAGGUGACUGGUAUUUCAACGAAUUAUCAGCAGCAAAUUAUGAGUCCUAACAUACAGCAAUCUAACACACAACAACAACCACAUCAACAGCAUCAGGUAAUAAGCCAACAAAUUCAAAUUCCACCACAAUCCCCGCAGCAUCAGCAGCAGCAGCAACAACAACAACAAAUUGGUAUUGGCGGUACCCCUACGCAAAUAACGGUUUCAAACAAGUCGAAGAUUAUUAUUAGUCAACAGCAGUUUCAACAGCUCAGUAUGCAACAACAACAACAGAUAUUGCAACAAAACCAACAUAAUCAGAACGUCGUUAUAGUUAAUCAGACAAAUUUAACAGCUCAGCAACAACAACAACAACAAGCACAACCCCAAAUUGUGCAACAAAUAAUACAGCAUCCUAUGCAGCAAUCGCCACAACAACAGCAACAAACAAUUCAAAUGCAGCAAUCCCCUCAGCAUCAGCAGCAGCAAUUGCAGCAAAUUCCCCAAAGUCCCACGCAAGUUCUUAAGACUCCGCAACAACCUCCUCCAAUCUAUACGCAUCGUCAACAAUCCGUAGAAGGGACAGACGGGUCUAAUAGUAUGCUGCAACAACAACAACAGCAACUCCAACAUACACAACAAUCGCCGCAAAUGAUAACACAAACGCAAGUCAUACUUAAUCCACAACAGCAGCGAAUUCCACUACAACAGCAACAUCAACCGGGCAACAUGCCUCAACAACCCCAACAAAUUGUAAUUAAUCAGCAAGUUAUCAAUAAUCCUCAACGUUUACAGUACAUACAACAGCAACAACAGCAAAUACAAUUACAACAACGUAAACCACAGCAAAAUACAAUAAUAGUCGGCCAACAACAAUUGCAACAACCACAUCCUCAACAACAGAUUAUAAUACAGCAGCAAACUGUGCCAACUCAAGCUACGCAACAACAACAACAUCCGCAACAGUCUCCACAACAGCAAAUGAUGACAAUACCUGCUAACAGUAAUAUGCAGAACCAAAUAAUAUUGCAACCACAAAAGCCAACAUUACAGCAACAGCAUUCAGUGGAAGGAGCGCCGUCCCAACAGCAACAACAAAUUAUACUACAACAGCCACCAAUACAACAGACAGUGGUUAUUCAGCAACAACAGUUAUCUCAACAACAAUUAAUGGCAGCUGGUCAUUCGCCCCAACAACAACCACAAGCCCAACAGCAACAUCAGCAAUUAAUUAUCCAACAAAGUUCACCACAACAACAGCAACAGCAACCACAUUGGUCGCCACAGCAGCAGCAGCAGCAACAACAACAACAACAACAACCGAAUCCCACUGGAAUGCAACAACAGCCAACCCAAUCUCAAGUAGUGGUCGGUGGUACACAGGUGAUUGCGACGAACUCUUCAUUGGGAAACUUACAAGCACCUCAACAAUUCAUACGUGCUGUACGUCCGGGACAAUGGCAACAGCCGGGCCUACCACCUGGUACUACUACAUUGCAGGGACACCCCCAACGGCAAGUGAUACAAGUUGAUGACAAGACUCAUGCACAUCUUAUGACCCUAGAUCCAGUGAAAAAGAUGGAAUAUAUCGCCAAGUUGCAACAGCAAAAUCAAAAGCGCCUGAUGUUUCGUCAGCAAGUGCCAUAUCAAGCGCGUCCAGGUGCACCAAAUGUUGUAUCCACUGCAAUGGGUACCGCGUUGCAACGACCCGCAGGCGCACCCACACCGGGUACUCACAUCAUUGUGCAGAGUCAAAUGCCCGCAGGUCUCACGCAGCAACAACAAAUGCAAUGGUUGCAACAGCAAGGUGCGCGACAAGUUGUUGUACGCGCCGGUGCAGCCCCCGGAUUAAGUCCGAUUUCGCAACAACAACAACAACAAAUUGUUGCUGGUAGUCCCCAAACACCACAGCCGAGUCAAACAGCAAAUGUCCCUCAGUUCAAUCCCACCGACGCCAAUCAGCAAAUGCUACUACAGCGUCAACUACGAGUGCAGCAAGUACAAUUGCAACAACAACAAUUGACACCACAAAAGCAACCACAACAACAGCAGCCCGGGAUCCAAGUGGUGACCGGCGGUCAGCCCACAAUGGGCAACGAACAACAGCCGACUACACCUAGUACACCAACAACUCCUGGCGGAAACAUAAUGAAUACACUUGCAUCGAGGCCGGUGGUUAUGGGCUCGGCCGAAACGCAACAGCAAAUAGGUGGAACUCCACAACAACAGCAGCAACAGGUUUUGCAACAGACUCAACAACAGCAAAUGAAUAUGAAAACAAAAACUGCAUUAGCGAACAUGCUAAAUAGUCGUUUGAGCAACAACAACGGUGGCGCUAUUCAAAUGCAACAGCAACAAACAAUGAUCGUAUCAGCGAGUGGUGCUCCCGUUACAGAUCAACCGUUACAGCAACAUCCGCAACAAAUAAUACAACAUCAAGUGGUAGUCGCUGGCAACGCGUCGCAAACCGGUGUCAUGCUACAACAGCAGCAGCAACCGCAGCAAUCACCACAACAACAAAUUGGACCGGGGGGCGUUGUGCUGGAACAGCAGGACACUGCUGCGGGGCGAUUGCGACUGAUGACGCAGCAACAUAAUGCAGCUUUGCAACAGCCCGGCAUACCACCAGGUACGCAACUGUUGCAGAGCGUGGUGGGUAACGCUCAACCGCGCACUCCCCAAGAGUUAAUGAUGCUUCAGCAACAACAAUUGCAAUUGCGGCGUUCGGGUGCAGUUUUGCAGACUCAACUGUCGUCGGGUGGACAUGUUGUGACUCCGGGUGCCGGUCAACAACAAAUUGUUGUAGCGGGCUCUCAGCAACAUUCACAGCACUUGGGUAUUGCGGGCGGGGUGCAGCAGCAAAUUGCAGUGGCUCAAAUUCCUCAAACCCAGCAAACGCCACAAGGCGUGAUGACACCAGCUGGUUUUAUACAGGGCCGCCCCAAUAUGCCGCCGCCAGCUCGUCCGCAAUUUUACGGACAUAAUCCCAAUCUAAAGUUGCCGCCUGACCUCUUUCUCGUCGGCUGUACCUUUUAUAUAGUGGAAUAUGACGAGACUGACGCCGAUGAACUACCCAUAUGGAUGGAGACUAUACGGCAGUUUGGCGGCGAUAUUGAACGCGUCUAUUGCCAGCGCGUCACACAUGUGCUCUGUCGCACGCAACGUCAUGGCGUAGUUAUGCAGGCUUUACGAGAUUCCAAACGCUGUAUAACCGCUUACUGGUUAAGUGAUAUCUGUUUCAAGAAACAGUUGCUGCCGCCAUGGCAGGCACUACAUCUACCUUUCCCCAGCCAAUUCGGUUAUCAAAAGCCGCUGGAAAGGCAUAUUAUUUCGACAUACGGUUUCGAAGGUGAGGAGAGUUUCCGCAUUAAACAAAUGGUAGAAGAGUGUGGUGCCAUAUACACAUCAUAUUUGUCGAAACACAACACAGUGUUGAUUUGUAAGAAGCCCGAAGGCGACAAAUACAUCGCUGCUAAAGAAUGGAAUAUACCGAUUGUAAAUGCCAUUUGGUUGGCAGAUAUUUGCAUUGGAAAUCUGAGUGGAAUGUCGCAGUAUGAAAAUCAAAAGUAUCAGCAAUAUUCGCUGGUGGCGCCCUUCAGAAUCGACUAUCCGCUAGUGCCGCAAUUGAUGUCUGCUUGGAAGGCACCUAUAAAUCUAACACAGGAAGCACACGAACGUGUCAAACGUUCUUUGGCCGAACCAUUUUCCGAGCAAAAGGCAAAGCGUCAAAAAAUCUCGCCAUAUCAGGAAGAAAUACCCGAAAACAUAAUUUGUAUCGAAUACCCACAGAAUGACAAACCACCGAAGGUGAUAUUUUCGCAGGUUGCCGACCCAGAAUCGCUGAAAAAAGCUGUGCUUUCACUUGGUGGUAUUGUUGUGGAAAAUCCAGAGGAAGCCACCUUCUUGGUUAUGACACGCGAAAGUCGCACUUGUAAACUAAUUCAAGCCGUUUGUCAUGUGAAUUAUGUUCUGAAAUCAACUUGGUUGGUGGACAGUGCCAAAGCGGGUCGCUUCCUAUCGCCAGAACCGUAUAAGAUACAAUACAUACCUGUCGAUGAGAAUCUAAAAUUCCAUCUAGAUACCGUGCUGCAUUCAAGCGUACGAAAUACGCUCUUCGCUGGCAAACAUUUCUUUGUAACACCCGACGUAUUCCCGUCGCGCACUGAAAUCGUCCGCAUGAUUGAGGCAUCCGGUGGCAAAGUUGAGGCAAAACGACGCACAUCACAAGCAAUCGCUGAUACACAUACUCAAUCGCCAGAGUCAUAUAUAAUCGUAACGUGUCCCAAUGAUAUGCAUUUAUGUGUAGACUUGACGCGCCAGGGCAUUCCAAAGUGUCCGAUUGUUUCGACAGAGUUUGUGAUGAGUUCGAUACUAAAGCAAAAAUUGGAGAUCGAACCAAAUCUAAUCAACUACUUGUAUAAUAAUAACUAUGCUAGCGCUAAGUCGAAAUAGUAUAUUAUCAUAUACGAUUAAAAUUGGCAUAUAUACACAAGUAAAGUUAGUACGUAGUAAGAAAAAAAAAUUAAUUAAGUUGUAGAUAUGUAAUUGUAUAUUUUUCUAAGUAAAGCGUUUAUGAUUUUUUUAUAAGUAUAUCAUAUUUUCGUAAUGCUACCAUUUUGUACAUGUUUAUACAUAACAUCGUACGUAUUGCUAAAAUAAAAUUUUUUAUAGAAACGGCAAAACAACAUCCAGUAAUUUAUAUAUACAU